AUGACCGCCCAGCUGCUUGCGACGGAGCUCGCCAAUCUCAUCCAGGAGAGCAAGCGGAAGCACCACGAUCUAAGACAGGCUGCCGAGAAGUCAUUAGAAGAGCUCAAGAGUCUGCGAACGUCGUCCGAAGCUCAGACAGCUGCUGGUAGAGCGCCCCUAGCCUCAUCCACUCACAGGGCCAACUUUGUGAAUCCAUUCAUCAUCGCCUGCGGAACCAAGAAUGCCAAGUUCACUGGCAUUGCAGUCGUCUGCCUGCAGCGGCUCAUCGUCGCCAAGGCACUGCCGCGCCCGCGUCUCAACCAGGUGCUUGAGGCCUUGAGGGAAGCCACGUCGGCAGGUCUGGAUGUCCAGCUCAAGAUCCUGCAAGCUCUCCCGUCACUGCUGCAGAACUACUCGGCCGAGGUCAAUGGGGACCUGCUAGUUACUGCACUGAACAUUUGCUUCAUCCUGCAGUCGAGCAAGAAUGCCAUCGUCAACAACACAUCUGCCGCCACUUUGCAGCAGCUUGUCGUAUCAGUGUUCGACAAAGUGGUAGUUGAGGAUAAGUCAUCUUCAGAUGCCCCCACGGUGGGAGAAGCACCGACCCAAGAAGGCACGGUUGCCCUGAAGGCUUCGGCUCUGGACGCGUUCCGGGUGUUCAAUGACUUGUGCCUUCUCACUGAGCUACAAAGACCCGAGUACCUCAGGUUCUCGGGCCUCUCGCAGACCUUUGGCCUGGAACUAAUCGAGUCUGUUCUCACAAACCAUGCCGCCAUCUUCACGUCCCACCCAGAGCAGACCCAUGUGCUGCGUACACGGGUCAUGCCUCUGCUCAUAAACUCGCUCUCCGGACACCCAAAUUUCGCAACAAGCGUCCGGCUCAUGCGUAUCCUCUACACAUUGCUCCGGAGACACCUGUCACUCCUCCCUUCUGAAAGUGCCGAUGCGCUCGAUGUUCUGACGCAGAUCCUCGACCAAGACACCACCAUCUGGAGACGAGCAUUAUGCAUGGAAGUGUUCAGAGGCAUCUUUUCUGAGCCUGCACUACUUCGGCGCAUUUUCAUGAUGUAUGAUGGCCAAGAAGGCGAGAAGAAGAUCCUCAAGAACCUGACGGCUACCUUCGUGCGUGUGAGCACCGAGCGACCCGCCAUCAUCGGCCUUGGACAUCAGUCGACGAUACCCGUGGCCAAUCCUUACGCCAAUGUCGGCACGAGCACUGAUCAAGCUGCGUUAGAAGCAAGCGGCGUAACGGGGUUCAUAAGUAGUUCCGUUGGCGGUGAGGGCCACGACACCGGCAUCAGCACGCAGUGGAGCUCUGUGCGUGUCCCUUGCAUUGACCAGCUCGACAAGACCGAGUCGCCGGCCAUCCCUGAAUCAUAUCUGUACAGUCUCACGCUGUCGUGCAUCAACUCCCUGUCUGAAGGGCUUGCCAAGUUCAUUCUUCCACUCACGGUGCCUACCGAUGUUCGGAAUCGGAAGCGCAACGGGAAGCAAGAUGCUACGGGUCGGGAUUCUCCCGCUCCUGGGAGCGAAGAACGUGUAGCAGGUAAAUCUGCCGCUCUGGAGCGCUCGUCUUCGUUCAAGAAGAACCCAGUUCCGAUCAAUCCUCUCACCUUAGAGGAUCACCCCUUGUACCAAGAUAUCAAGGCGAGUGCUGCGCUCAUAGAAGAGUGUUGGCCGGCCAUCCUGGCCACUUGCUCAACAUUUCUGUAUGCCGCGCUGGACUCUGAUUACUACCACGGCCUAGUGAGAGCCUUCCAGAAAUUCACUCAUGUGGCCGGCCUGCUUCAAUUAGACACACCCCGCGAUGCCUUCUUGACGACUCUGGGCAAGGCAGCUGUGCCACCCAAUGUGUUCACAGCGUGCCUCAACGCCGGGCCCAGACCCUCGACCCCUACACCAACUACGGAAACGCCCAACAGUAUACUUGGAAAUGCAAGAGGAUUACUGAGUGUGGACAGCUUGGUCAGUCAAGCUUCGUCCAACCAGGAGCGUCAGAGACAACCGUCGGUAGACGCCGCGCCUUCGACUCUCAACACCAGAAACAUGCUCUGCCUGAGAGCUCUUUUGAACCUAGGAAUUGCCCUAGGUCCUACCCUUUCCUCUUCGUGGCAGAUCAUACUCGAGACUCUUCAACAGGCAGAUUUUGUCCUGUUCGCGUCUGGAAAAGUAGCGGGACGGACGCCCAUCGUGUCGAGAACUCCCGACCAGCAAGCCGAGAACGAAACCAACAUGUUGCUCGCGAACUUCGGCUCCGAGAUCAAGGCUGUCGAAACCGCUGCGUCGCGGCUUUUCGAAAGCACAGUGGACUUCCCAAAUUCCUCCUUUGUCGAGGUGAUCACUGCUGUCUGCAACCUCCUGGACAAAAACGAGGAACGACCUUCGACAGCAGACAGUCGGCCACAGUCGCCGCCGUCUGGAGGCUCCACGCUCAAGGCACCCGGUGGACAGCACCGAAGGGUGCUGAGCAUUUCUACAACCGCUGCCACAGGGCCGAACCAAGAAGACCAGUUUGCUCUUGCCAAGCUCGGCGACAUCGCUACCAUCAACUUGGAAAGGCUGCUCAGCUAUCCGCCCGAGUCAUCUGGCUGGGUGCCACUGACCUCGGAACUGAUAGAGACCCUCAGCUCUUCUUCGGCGUCCUCGCCAGUGAGGCUCCGAGCCGCCGAGAUCCUCGUCCGCCUCGUGCUCGAGUCUUUCAGCGCCGUGACGUCCCGCCCGACGAGCGAUCGGGCCAAGAUCCAGCUUCGGCUUCUCCAAGUGCUGGACCAGGCCUUGCGUCCGCUCCAGAAUAGCGACCGCAACGUCUCCGUGACCGCGCACGCCGCCGAUCUAGACAUCCACAGGACCAUCCUCGAGGGACUGAGGAGCAUCCUCGAGAACUGUGGCGAGUCUCUUGUCAGCGGCUGGGAUCUUGCGUUCGCCAUCAUCGACAGCAUAUUCCUGUCCAAGAGGUUUGCGGCCGAGGAAGGCGCCAUCUUGCAGGCCGACCAGAGCGUCUUGAUGACGCGGUCGGUCAAGCUGAUCAAGCCGGCGUUCAGCUCACUACAGCUCAUCUGCUCUGACUUUUUGUCCUCGCUCCCAAACAUCUGCUUUCUCAAUCUAGUGGAUACCCUGUACAAGUUCUGCUCACAGGACGACGAGCUCAACGUCGCGCUUACGACUGUGACUUUCUUUUGGGUCAUCUCCGACUUUCUCUCCGGGCGUAGCCAGUCCAUUACCAUCACAGAGGCCAUGAUGGAAGGAUUCAGUGACAAGGAGUUGACCCAGAUAGCCUCCGACUCUGCUCGCCCUGGCUCAAGCGCAGCGUUAUGGAUGCUGCUCUUGCAUCGCCUCACUAUCGUAGCAACUGAUAGUAGGCUGGAAUUGCGAAAUAGCGCAAUCCAAACGUUGCUGCGGAUUGUCCACGCAUAUGGCAGCAGCUUGAAUCCAGACUCAUGGGCUAUCUGCAUCAAGUCAGUCAUUUUCCGGCUCCUUGAAUCCAUGCAAAAGAGGCUGGCCUCAGCCCACGAAGAAAGCCACGGCCCAGGUGGCACAGCCGAGUGGGACGAGACAGCUGUGGUCGUGAUCGACGGGGUGUCUGGCCUGUUUGCCAGCUACCUAGAUGUGUUGACGGUGCACAAAAACUUCAACUCCCUAUGGAAGCACCUCCUUGGGUGUUUUGGUUCUAUGUUAGACUUCAAAUCUCUGGAAAUCAACAGUGCCGUCUUCAACAGCCUUGCCAGCAUUCUCUCCAAGUGCAACACGGGCUCGGCACAGAAUCUCAAGACCGAUAGCAUCGAUAUCGCAUGGGAGCUGUGGUCCCGAGGGGUGCCUCAGUCACCGGGAGGCGAAGUCAAGACCGAGGACCAGCAGAAAUCACUUCUCUCUUGGGUCGAGGCUUUGCUUCAGAUGUACCGUCUCAUCGCGGAAGAUCUACAAUUUGACCGCGUCAAGACGAUUCUGAGGUUGCUGAGAGAAGCCAUGCUUCUUGCCAUGGCCGGCUCUUACGCCAGCGACAUUGAAUUCCCAACCCAGUUGCAAGGACGCAUCCUAGACUUCUUCAAGACGACUCGCACAGAUAUCUCCGAGGUUCCUGCCGCGAUCAUAGCCCAGCUUGCCGAGUUCGUUGCAUUGGCAUUUACAGACGAGCGGAUCCAGCUGGGCUCGAGUCAGAAACAGCAGACCUUUGUCGCGAUGUCCAAGGAGAGCAUGAAGGUGCUGAAAUAUCACAUCACCCAGAACGCAUCAGACACGCACAUAUUCACCGAGGGCGCCUUUUCGGCUGCGCUGUCAGCUCUCGCCAAACCGAUUACGCUGAAGUACCGUUUCCCCAUAGUGACCAAGUCAACACAGCCAUGGCAAGAAGCCACGAGUGCCGCCCUCGCCGUCCUAGAAGCCACCAUACCUCACCUACAGGGACAAGGCAUCCCGCGCCCCACGGUCCGAGAGAUCUGGCAGGUCAUCGUCUCCAUCGCCGCCGGCAUCAUCAGCGCCGACGCCGUCGACGCCGCCCCGGCAGGCGCAGACCUCGCCGCCGACGAGCGGUUCGACAUCGACGCCUUCCGCGCGCUGCGCGAGCUCGUCAUCCCGCUGCUCGGCGCCGACGCCGCCGUGGCCGAGAAGACGCGCAGGGCGUACGCCGAGGCGCUCUUCCGCACGUCGGUCAUCCACGCGCCCGCGCCCUCGGAGGCCGGGCUGUUCGUCGUCAGCACCGGCACCGGCACCGCCGCGCCGGACACGGACCCGGCGCGGCGGGGCCAGCUCGCGGGCCUGCUGCACGAGCCGCUGCGCGUGGGCCGCACGGCGGAGCCGCCGCCGGCGCGCCGCGAGGCCAUGGCGUACGAGUGCCUGCAGGAGCUGUUCGCGCUGGUGGCGGCGCGCGACGACGACGCGGCGGCCUCGACGCCGACGAUCGUCGUGCAGCCGCCGACGCCGCGCUUCCCGCCUCCCCAGAUGACGCUGCCGCCCGGCCACGGCCGCGGCCACGGCCACGGCAACAAGAGCCACGGGGACGGGUCGGCGAUGCACGCCGCGCUCGCGCGCACGGCGGCGCCGUACCUCAUCGUGCGGUGCGCGCUGAGCCUGCGCGCGUACGCGGCCGACCAGCCGCUGCGGGGCCACAUGCCGCAGCCGCUCUCGCAGCGGCGCGAGAUGGGCGCCGUGCUCCGCGCGCUCGUGGACCUGCGGUCCGAGCCGGGCGCCAUUCCGGACUCGGCGGGCGUGGAGUGCGAGGGCAGGAAGCACCUCCUCCGGCUGUACCCUUUGCUCGUGCGGUGCGCGGGCGUGGCGGGGGCGGCCGGGGACGACAAGGUGCUCGGGCUCGUGGGGGAUGCGCUGGGGGUCGUUGGCGGGGAGUUGGGGCUUUGA